CUGGAGCGCGUCUGAUCGCGGAGCGCCGGGUGUAGUGCGCAUGCGCGGCGCGUCAGAUCCGGCUGCGGAAGGAUGAAUGUAAAUGUCAAAGAUGGCGGCGGAGGGAGGAGGGAAGGAGAUGAACGAGAUCAAGAGUCAGUUCAGCACGCGGGAAGGCGCGUAUAAACUCCUCACGCACUCAGAGUACAGCAGACCCAACCGAGUGCCCUUCAACUCGCAGGGAUCGAACCCCGUCAGAGUCUCGUUCGUCAACGUCAACGAUCAGUCCGGGAACGGCGAGCGCAUCUGCUUCAAUGUGGGCCGGGAGCUCUACUUCUACAUCUAUAAAGGCGUCCGGAAGGCUGCUGAUCUGAGUAAGCCCAUAGACAAGAGGAUCUACAAGGGAACGCAGCCCACGUGUCACGACUUCAAUCACCUGACAGCGACGGCGGAGAGCGUGUCUCUGCUGGUGGGCUUCUCCGCCGGACAGGUGCAGCUCAUCGACCCCAUCAAGAAGGAGACCAGCAAACUCUUCAAUGAAGAGAGACUCAUAGAUAAAUCCCGGGUCACGUGUGUGAAGUGGGUCCCGGGCUCCGAGAGCCUGUUCCUCGUGGCUCACUCCAGCGGGAGCAUGUACCUGUAUAACGUGGAGCACACCUGCGGCACCACGGCGCCUCACUACCAGCUGCUGAAGCAGGGCGAGAACUACAGCGUUCACACCUGCAAGAGCAAGUCCACGCGCAACCCUCUGCUCAAGUGGACGGUGGGCGAGGGCGCGCUGAACGAGUUCUCCUUCUCGCCCGACGGGAAGUUCCUGGCCUGCGUGAGUCAGGACGGCUUCCUGCGGGUCUUCAACUUCGACGCGGUGGAGCUGCACGGCACCAUGAAGAGCUACUUCGGAGGCCUGCUGUGCGUCUGCUGGAGCCCUGACGGGAAGUACAUCGUGGCCGGCGGCGAGGACGACCUGGUGACCGUCUGGUGCUUCGCAGACUGCCGGGUGAUCGCCCGCGGACACGGACACAAGUCCUGGGUGAGCGUGGUGGCGUUUGACCACUACACCACCAGCGUGGAGGAGAGCGAGCCCAUGGAGUUCAGCGGCAGCGACGAGGACUUCCAGGAUCAAAUCCACUUCGGCCGAGACCGGGCCAACAGCACACAGUCACGUCUGUCCAAGCGCAACUCGACGGACAGCCGGCCGGUCAGCGUGACGUACCGCUUCGGCUCGGUGGGGCAGGACACUCAGCUGUGCCUGUGGGACCUGACGGAGGACAUCCUGUUCCCUCACCUGCCGCUGUCCCGGACGCGGACGCACACUAACGUGAUGAACGCCAGCGGCCCGCCGGCCACAGGGAGCGGAGGCAGCGGCGCCAUCAUCACCGGCUCCAGCAACCCCAGCACCAACGGCAGCAGCAGCAGCUCCAGUGUUCCGGGGAAUACACUCCCCGCGCCGCUGCCGCGCUCCAACAGUCUCCCGCACUCCGCCGCCAGCACCACCAACAGCAAGAGCGCCGCCUCGGACAACCCCAUCGCCGCCGGCGUCAGCAAGUUCGCCACGCUCUCGCUGCACGACCGCAAAGAGCGGCACCACAAAGACCACAAGCGCAACCACAGCAUGGGCCACAUCAGCAGCAAGAGCAGCGACAAGCUCAACCUGCUGACCAAAACCAAAACAGACCCCGCCAAGACUCUGGGCACGCAGCUGUGUCCGCGCAUGGAGGACGUGCCGCUGCUCGAGCCGCUCAUCUGUAAAAAGAUCGCACACGAGAGACUGACCGUGCUCAUCUUUCUAGAGGACUGUAUCGUCACCGCGUGUCAGGAGGGGUUCAUCUGCACGUGGGCGAGACCCGGCAAAGUGGGUUUGUUGUCAUCCCAGAACCAAGCCAACUCUCCCCAGUGGAACAGUAGUAUAGCCUCUAUUUCUGCUGCUAUGAGAUCCGUCUCCGCUCAGAGCUCCUUGUGUUCCUCUCUCCUGCUCUUUCUGUCGCUCCGGAGGCCCGUGUUCGCAGUGAAUCCGUGGAAAGACUGUACCGCAGCCGCGGGCUCCUUCCAUUUCUUCUGUUCUCACAGAGUAUUUAUUUAAUUGUUUUGUUGCUUUCACUCUCAAAUGCAUCUCUCUGUUAUUCUUUCCUGCUGUGUAUUUCGAGCUUGAGCCUGAGGUGUGGGUCUGAGAAACACCUGCUGGUCCAAACAUCAGCCCAGAUCCUUCAAACACACUUUCAUUUUCACCCUCCUUCUUAUGGAACAGAUUUCAUCCCCGCUGUUGAAAACUUUGCACUGAUUUUAUUUUGGUUGCGGUUUUUGUUUUUUUGGUAAUUACUUUACUUUAAAGGAUCAAAAAAGAAAGAGAGAGAUGUUUGGGGAAGGCCUUGAUGCACUUGGCUUUAAUAUCCUCUGUCUUGAAAUCUGAAUCUGAAAAGCUGGAUGCUGCAAUCAUAGUUUUUUAAAGAACAUUUGUUUGCACUUAAUAGUUUAUUAGAAGAGAAUGGCUUUACAUUUGUGUGUGCGAGGACUCACAGACCGUAUAAUGUGGAGAACUAUGAUUAAAACUUUGUAUCUAUUGAGCAUUUAUUUUAAUAUUGUUUCAGAUAAAAAUCUGCUUUGUAUCAUAUGUAUAAUAUUGUAAUUCAGUGAUUUAUUGGGGCAAAAGCAAAUGAUCAGUAACUCUAGUGAACGUUUGUCAUCAUUGCAGGAAAUAGUGACAUUUCUAAAGCAGAAAAAUAGACAUAAUAUUAAAAAUAAUCUUAAAUAUGCAGGUUUCUGUUUGUUUAGUUUGGUUUUCCUGUCUCUUGUACAGACGUCCCCAGAUGUAUUUUGAUAUAGGAGAUUUGUGUCAGAAUUACGCUCAUGUCUCGUUACAGACGGCAGAGCGUCGACUGCUCAUCAAACGUAUGAAGCUCAGGAAGUCUAGAAGACGAAGAAAACUAACCUUACGAGAGAUUUCCAGAGUUCAUAUUUUGCUUUCCAACAGCAAACUUAUUCUGUGUACUACUAAGAUAAAGCCACUAGACGACUGGGUUUGGAGUCGGUCAGUAGAAGCUCGCGUGUGACACUAUUAAACGUUUAACAGAGCCUUUUUGUGACUCCCAGUCAUUAAUGAAAUAUACACUAACCGGGAAAGACCAGGAUGUGGAAGUGCUCAUAUUUUUGAUUCAUGUGGUUAACAUUUUGCAUUUCACAUUUUGUUCUUCAUUAAAAAAAAGCUCCAUGGA